CACAUACACACACAUACACAGGUAACACACAGGUGCGGUGAUGGCGGCGUGGCUGGGCCGGCUGUCUCUGGGCGACGCCUGGUACAACAUGUACUCUCGCCUCCUGAGGACCAAACCUGUGGGCUCCAUGGCUCAGAGCUCUGACGACCUCACUGAGCUCGCAGAGGGGUCAGGGGUCGGGCUCGCCAAGGUCCUGACCACCGUGGAUCUGGUGUCGCUCGGGGUGGGCAGCUGCGUCGGGACGGGGAUGUAUGUGGUCGCCGGGUUGGUGGCAAAGGCGAUGGCUGGGCCCGGGGUCAUCCUGUCUUUUAUCAUCGCAGCAGUGGCGUCCAUACUAUCAGGUGAGACAAACCAACACACCUGUUCAACAUCAGACAAUAACCAGGUGGUCUCCAGGUUGAAUCCCUGGUUUUCACUCCAUUUUCCUUCUUAGCAGAAGUAUUUUUCUUUCUGCGUUUUUUAGAAUAAAGUGAAAAAUCUCAUCUGUCCUACAGAAUAAUCACGAUUUUGUGUUUUGUUUUGGAGGCGUGUGCUACGCAGAGUUUGGCGUCCGGGUCCCAAAGACGACCGGCUCGGCCUACACCUACAGCUACGUGACGGUCGGGGAGUUUGUGGCGUUUUUCAUCGGCUGGAACCUGAUCCUGGAGUACCUGAUCGGCACAGCGGCGGGGGCGUCGGCUCUCAGCAGCAUGUUCGACUCUCUGGCCAAUCACAGCAUCAGUAACUACAUGAUCACACACCUGGGCACGCUCAGAGGACUCGGUCAGUGCCAUGAGGGUCACUUUUUGAUAGAUUCAGAGCCGCUCUUGUCACCAUCUUAUAAAAUGGCCUGAAUGUGAAUUUCAGUCUGUUUCAUAAACCUCUCACAGGAUCUUUGACUCGAUUGUCUCCUCGGUCUCAGGUAAAGGAGAGGACACGUACCCCGACCUGCUGGCCUUGUUCAUCGCCCUGCUGGUCACUGUCAUUAUCGCUCUCGGAGUUCGUAACUCGGUCGGGUUCAACAACAUCCUCAACGUGGUCAACCUGGUGGUCUGGGUCUUCAUGGUCAUUGCAGGACUCUUCUUCAUCUCCGCCCGCAACUGGGGGGGUGGCCAGUUCCUGCCUUACGGCUGGUCAGGGGUGAGAUAUGGAAGGAGUUGGGAUGGUUGGCUUUAUCAGACAGGAAAGUGAAAGUGAGUUUAGGUAGCUCUUAAGGUAAAGAAUACAAGAUAAGGAAAACCUUUUCUUUGGUCAGGUGAUGCAAGGGGCGGCCACUUGCUUCUACGCCUUCAUCGGAUUUGACAUCAUCGCAACGACAGGAGAGGAGGCCAAGAACCCAAACACCUCCAUCCCCUACGCCAUCACCGCCUCGCUGGUCACCUGCCUCACCGCCUACGUGUCUGUCAGUAACAAAUCCUUUUGUGUGCUGAACCUUCGAUAUUCUUCGAUUAACAAAGCUUUGUCUCUGUAUUGAAAAAGAAAACUUUUCUCACAAAAUUUGAGCAGAUUCAAGAGUCUUGUAAUGUCUUGUGUGGUUUCAACACUCCGUCCAACAAAUACCAGCUCAAAGUGAAAGCAGUGUUUCACCGUCUAAACUUUAAUUGGAGUUUAAAUGACAGAGAUUUGUCGCUGAAAUAAACUGCAGGAAAGAGGGUCAGAAUGUUUCAAGUGAGGCGUUCCACAAGGACCCGUUCUUGGUCCUCCUAAAUAACUGUAUAUUUAUGUUGAUACGAUAUAUAUCAUUGAAACUACAUCUAUGUUUUACACAGUCCAUGUUCUAGAGAACCCCAUUAUUCAGAAGGUCUGAUAGAUGGGCAAACGUGUGCGUUUGACCAACAAAACAUCCCACUGUAGAUAAGAAGGAGACAUGACCUGGUUUAUGGAUCUCUAUUUUGAAGUCUGAAGUUUGGGAGUUGGCUGAUUUGCUCAUAUUUCAUCAUCCACGGGUUCAGAAGGACCUUAUAAGUCCUUCUAUCGUCCACCUUACCUGUCUGUCCUCUACAGGUGAGCGUGAUCUUGACUCUCAUGGUCCCUUACAACCUGAUCGAUGGCUCCGCCCCCCUCAUGGAGAUGUUUGCGGUGCACGGUUUCCUGUGGGGGAAGUACACAGUGGCUGUGGGCUCUAUCGCCGGACUCACCGUGUCUCUGCUGGGCUCGCUGUUCCCCAUGCCCAGAGUCAUCUACGCCAUGUCCAGAGACGGACUGCUCUUCAGGUGAGGUCCCACUCAGACUCCUUGAGGAGGGUUGACGGACUCUGAUUCUGGCUCAUCUUUGGUUUCAUGUCUCUGCAGGUUUUUGUCGAACGUGUCAGCGUUCACACACACUCCUGCUGUGGCGUGCGUGGUGUCGGGGAGCUUUGCGGCGCUCCUGGCUCUUCUGGUGAGCCUCAGAGACCUGAUAGAGAUGAUGUCCAUCGGGACCCUGCUGGCCUACACUCUGGUGUCUGUGUGUGUGUUGUUACUGCGUUACCAGCCGGACGAACAGACGGACACACACCAGUUCGUCUCAGAGGACGACAUGGAUGGACUGAAGCACCAGGAUGACGGGCCGGUCCCCACUAAAGAUGACCAGAUGCUGAUCGGAGGCUCAGACGGCGACGGCUCGUCGUCUUACCACGCUGGAGGGACUGACGGCGAAGGAGACGACUCUGACUUCCACACAGGCCACGCCUCUUUGCUGAAAAGGCUCCUGGGAGGUCAUUACUACACCCUGAGGCUGCGGCUGGGGAUGCCGGACGCUUCAGCUCGGCCCACCCCCGCCACUGGCCGCAUAGUGACCCGAUGCACCCUGGUCCUCUUCUUCAUGUCCUUCCUCCUCUGGUCCACCGUGAUAUUCGGUGUUGAGCAGGGAUCAGGGGUGGGGUCUGUGUUUUCAGGACUCAUGGCCACACUCAUGGCGGGGUCUUGGGUGAAGCUCCUGAUAACCAUCCUUCAGCAGCCAGAGAGCAAGAGGAGACUGCCGUACAUGGCGCCGUGUGUACCCUUCAUUCCUGCGGCGGCCAUUUUGGUCAACAGCUACCUCAUGCUUAAACUGUCUCCACUCACCUGGGCCAGGUUCACCCUGUGGUGCUUCAUAGGUGAGACCGAUCAUCCAUCAUAAUUUUCCUGUUACAGCCUGUGUGACAGAAAAUCUAAUCAAGAAAUCCCUAAAAUGUCAAAAUGUAGAAGACUAAAUAUCAUAAUUAUCCACAUUUGCUUACCUUUGCUCUUCUGCAUCUCACCCUCUGGUUAAUUUAUGAUUGACCAACAUGGCAGCGACCAAACGACAGAGUCACGGCUUCAUCAAAACUCAUGAAAGGUGUCUCUUAUAAUAUCAAAAUAAGGUGACUAGACGUCCCUGAUUUCCAGGGACAGUCCCUGUAUUGGAUGACCUUUCCCGAACUAAAGCUGUCCUUGGAAAUGUUCCCGAUUUAAGCGUUUCAUGAAUGAAAAUGAAACAAAACAAAAAUGUUGCGUGUAGACUAGAACAACAGUUAUUAUGGCGGCUGAGUAGGUAGGAACUACAAACGGCUCUGCUACGGAACAGCUGCGAUUUUUGCUGUCCGCCAAUCCCUACAGGAUGGGUUUGUGAGGCGAAUUUCGUGAUGGAUUUUGGACAGCAAGAAUCGCGAAACCUCACAAGAACCUGCGGAUUCACAUGCAAUCGUGUGAUAACAAGUUGUCUCUAUAAAGACAGCCACGUAACCAUUUAAGCAUGUAUGUGGUCUUCAUGUGACAGAGAGCCUGAUUCUGGAGCAGUAAAUGACACUAUCAUCAGCAUAUAAGUGUACAUCUGCAGAAGAGGGACUUUUAAGUAAAACUGUUGAUGUAAAUUGAAAACAACAGAGGGAACCUGAACAGAACCCUGGGGUACUCCUUUUUUAAUCUCAACAGAUCUAAAAGUGACGCCCUCUGCAUGUAUGUUAUACUCUCAGAUAGUAGGUCGUGUGAGUGGAAAGAAAAAAUCUCAAACAAGGUGUGAAUUCUCAAAAAAUGAGGAGAACAUUUAUCAGGCCACAUCAAAAUAAGACAAAAAUGUCAGAUUAAUUUACUGCUUUACAAAAAUAUCCCCUGCAGAGGAAGAAAAGAUGAAACAUUAGUCCAACAAACUGGCUCUUCUCACAGCCUCUCAUCUAAUGUGCCACACAUCCCCCAGACUGCUGAUUUCACUCAGCUCAUCCACUCUUCUACCUGAAGCUUUAAUUCAGGUGUGUCCACUCUCACCUGCAGACAAUCCAAGUGAGAGAAGCUGCAGCAAUAACAAAAGGGAAAACACCGAUCAGAUCUGAAAACAGAAUUCCCCCAAAGGAUGAAAAACUACACACACCCCUGUACAUUCAGAGCCAAAAACCUCAAACCUCAAACAUACUACGUUAACAUUUAUCAUAUGCAUUUAACAUAUGCUUCAAACCAUUACUGACUGGGUGCUAGAGGAAUGUGCACCUUCCUUUAGCCUGAACAAUAACUGGUUAGGACUCUAUGGCCUCACAACACUGUAAACGGUAUGAAACUAGCAGACAGAUUGUUCCAUCAGUCUCCACAAUGAUCCACAGUGUCAACAGUAAAGCAUACAGCAACAUAUAGUUUCUGUGCAGCCGUGUAGUUCUUUCUUUUUCUUAUAAAUUGAGCAGUUCUUCGAAUGAAACCGGCUCUCCAGUACGAGUACCACAGUUUUCUUGAAGGUUUAAAAAUACCUGGAUCCUCCUUUCAGAACGGCUCCACUGCACAUCUGUUUUGACAUAUGGUUCGAGUUACUUCAAGAUUUGUACCGCUGAAUAUUUUUAGUUUAUGACAGUCAUGUACGCCGCUCUGCCCACUUAGUUCAGCUCAAAAGUCAGAGGGUCUCUGUUUCUGUGCAGUACAGAGAAAGUCGGGAUGUUUGUGCCAGUUUAGAGUUGGGAUGUGAUUAAAAAUAGAAAACUGGACGUUAAAUUUUAAGUCAAGUCAAGUCAAGUCAAGUUUAUUUGUAUAGCACAUUUCAGCAGCAGGGCAAUUCAAGGUGCUUUACAUGAAACAAGCAGGCAAAACAUUCAACACAAUUUAAAAGUAAAAACAGCGUAAAAGACAUUUAACAGAUUAAAAGUUACAUUCAAAGCUAAAAUAAGAUUGGAGAUAAAAGAAAACAAAGGUUAGAUUGGAGAGAUAGAAAAAAAAAAGAUCAAGACAGGCAGAUGAUGAAGAUGUUGAUUAAAGGCCUCAGGUUUGAUUUAAUGAUAGGCCACAGCAAACAUAUGCGUUUUCAGCUGUGAUUUAAAAGAGCUGAGAGUUUCAGCAGACCUACAGUUUUCAGGGAGUUUGUUCCAGAUAUGAGGAGCAUAAAAACUAAAAGCUGCUUCUCCACGUUUAGUUCUGACUCUGGGGACAGAGAGCAGACCUGCUCCUGAUGAUCUGAGCGGUCUGGAUGGUUCGUAACGUAUCAGCAUAUCAGAAAUGUAUUUUGGUCCUGAUCCAUUCAGUGCUUUAUAAACCAGCAAUAGUAUCUUAAAAUCAAUUCUUUGACAGACAGGAAGCCAGUGUAAAGAUCUGAGAACUGGGGUGAUAUGAUCUACUUUCUUGGUCUUAGUGAGGACUCGAGCAGCAGCAUUCUGAAUCAGUUGGAGCUGUCUGAUGGAUUUUUUGGGGAGACCUGUGAAGACACUGUUACAGUAGUCAAGUCUGCUGAAGAUAAAUGCAUGGACAAGCUUUUCCAAAUCCUGCUGGGUCAUCAGUCCUUUGACCCUUGAUAUAUUCUUCAGGUGAUAGUAGGCUGACUUUGUAAUUGUCUUUAUGUGGCUGUUAAGAUUCAGGUCUGAGUCCAUGACAACACCAAGGUUUCUGGCUUGGUUUGUGCUUUUUAACAUUAUCGAUUGAAGCUGAGCGCAGACUUUUAAUCGCUUAAACCUGAUGUUGAUUCAGAUCAAAAGUUUAACUGUGAUUGUGUUGAGAUGAAGCAGACAGAGGAACACACUGUUCAUCCAGUUCUGUUCCCUGUAAGAUCUGCUGCUGGUCCACAGAUGAUGAAGAGGGGAAGAGUUUCCUGCCUUCUGGGAUUCAUGAAGGUGUAAAAAUCCCUCCAGCUGGACGGUUCCUCUGCCUGGCAUCUCUACUGUCCGUCCUGCUCUCUGAGGUUACGCCUUUAACAGUUCCAUGUGUCUGUUGCUCUGCAGGUUUGUUGAUCUACGGAUGUUACGGCAUGUGGCACAGCACGCUGGAGCUGAACGCUCGUGAGCAGCAGGCGCACGCCAGCUCCUAUCAGCGCUACGACGACCACCUGGAUGACACCUUCUCUCCUGAUGACAACGUUUACCCCCAGGAAACUGAUGAGAGACCCUACCAGGGCUGGUCUGCUCCAGAGGAGAGGGGAUACCCGUACCAGCAGCAGAACCAGUACCAGGAGGAGAACCAGUACGAGGACCUGGAUGGAGGGCAGCAUCAGGGUUAUUAUGAGGAUAACGAAGACCAGUACGGGUACCAGUCUGGACCAGGAGGCCAGUAUGAGAGCAGAGGGGGCAGAACAAGAGGGCGGACCAAUCAUGGGUUUGACGCAGAUGAAGAGGACUGA